UAGGAAGAAUGGAAUCUCCACCCACACAAGUUUUCAACUUACUUGUGCCUGAAGAUUAAGUUCCUGUGUAGUUACUAAUGCAGCCAAGGACUGAAGACAUUUAAGCAGGAAAAAUUCUCUGUUCUCAUUGGCCAUGGAUAAAAUGAAAGAUUUGAGGCUGGAAGAGACAUUGAUUCGACCUGAGUUAUUUGAUAUAGAUGGUGUUCCCCUCACAGAACAAAUUGGCAGCAUUUGGGACCAAGUGUGGAAGUUCAAAGCCAGGCCUGAUGAUGUGCUCAUUGCAACCUAUGCAAAAGCAGGUACCACAUGGACACAGGAGAUAGUGGAUAUGAUUCAACAAAAUGGAGAUACUGAGAAGUGUAAACGUGAGACUACUUACAAGCGCCACCCUUUCCUCGAGUGGUAUUUGGCAGAGCCUCCAUCCGCACGUUACUCAGGUCUGGAGUUAGCAGAAGCCAUGCCAUCUCCACGAACAAUAAAAACACAUCUGCCCGUGCAGCUGCUGCCUCCAUCCUUCUUGGAGCAAAACUGUAAGAUAAUCUACGUGGCAAGAAAUGCAAAGGACAACCUGGUGUCAUACUACCAUUUCCACAGAAUGAAUAAAGGAUUGCCUGAUCCAGGAACCUGGGAAGAGUUUGUGCAGAAAUUCAUGACUGGAAAAGUCCUCUGGGGUUCCUGGUAUGACCACGUAAAAGGAUGGUGGAAGGCAAAAGAUAAGCACCGUAUACUCUAUCUCUUCUAUGAAGAUAUGAAGGAGAAUCCAAAGCGAGAAAUUCAGAAGAUUGUAAAGUUCCUGGAGAAGGAUCUGAGUCAGGAGGUUCUAAACAAAAUAGUCCAUAAUACCUCAUUUGAGGUAAUGAAGGAAAACCCUAUGGCAAACUACACUAAAGAUUUUCAAGGAAUAAUGGAUCAUUCCAUUUCCCCAUUCAUGAGAAAAGGGACUGUUGCAGACUGGAAGAAUCAUUUCACUGUGGCACAGAAUGAGAAAUUUGAUGAAGAUUAUAAGAAGAAAAUGUCUGAUACCUCUCUUGUUUUUCGCAUGGAAUUGUAAUUACUUGCAAUUGAAAUUUAUGAUCUUCAGCCUUUCCCAUGUUAUAUAUUUUGCUUUUCUUUCAAAAAAUGCCAGUGUUCCUAAGAUUUCAUAACUGAAUUUCAUUACUGGGAGAGUGUCCAAAUUAUGCCAAAGUUUAAGUCUCUCUCAAGAAAAUAAUUCCACUGGACAUUUCUCAGUCACCCCUACCACAGUAACUCUCAGCAUUAACAAAAAUAUUUCAAACAUGCUGUGGGUUUUGAUCUACGUAAAACUGCAGUAGAUAUUGCUGGCAUUUUCAAAUCAAACUAACAGAAACUAGGAGCCAACAGGAAAAAAGGUGUUAAAAGAAUGUAACAGGUUGUUUGAACAUUAAUCAAUAAACAACAAUAUAUAAAUUUAAAGGUGGUCAAGUACAAAGAGAGGAACAGAAGUGCACAAAGUAGAAUAAAUUUCAUUUUCUCUCAUUUUAAGUUG